CUCAGCAGGAGCUGGCAUCACCAGGGACAUGGCCGCGCUGCAGGAGAAAAAGUCCUGCAGCCAGCGCAUGGCUGAGUUCCAGAACUACUGCUGGAACCCCGACACGGGGCAGAUGCUGGGCCGCACCCCGAUCCGGUGGGUGUGGAUCAGCCUGUACUACGUGGCCUUCUACGUGGUCAUGACGGGGCUCUUUGCCCUGUGCCUCUACGUCCUGAUGCAGACCAUUGACCCGUACACACCUGACUACCAGGACCAGCUAAAGUCACCAGGGGUGACCCUGAGGCCGGACGUGUAUGGGGAGAGAGGGCUGCAGAUCUGCUACAACGUCUCCGACCGCAGCUCCUGGGCGGGCCUCACACACAGCCUCCACAGCUUCCUGGCAGGCUACUCCCCCGCGGCCCAGCAGGACAACGUGGACUGCACCUCUGAGCAGUACUUCUUCCAGGAGAGCUUCAGGGCUCCCAACCACACCAAGUUCUCCUGCAAGUUCACCACAGACAUGCUGCAGAACUGCUCCGGCCGGCCGGACCCCGACUUCGGCUUUGGGGAAGGAAAGCCGUGUUUCAUCAUUAAGAUGAACAGGAUUGUCAGGUUCCUGCCCAGCAACGACACGGCCCCCCGAGUGGACUGCACUUUCUUGGACGGGCCCCCCCGGGGUGCGGGGCCCCUGCAGGUGGCCUACUACCCACCCAACGGCACCUUCAGCCUGCACUACUUCCCCUACUACGGGAAGAAAGCCCAGCCCCACUACAGCAACCCUCUGGUGGCAGCAAAGCUGCUCAACGUCCCCACCAACACAGAGGUUGUCAUCGUGUGCAAGAUUCUCGCGGAGCACGUGACCUUCGACAACCCCCAUGACCCCUACGAAGGGAAGGUGGAAUUCAAACUCAGAAUCCAGGAGUGAGGCAGCCACUGGGCUCCAGGCCUACCUCCCUGGCCCCACAGGUCACCUGCGACCCUGCUGCUCUGGGCUGCUGGAGAGGCGCUCCUGUGACCCACGGGAGUUGCUGCUGUUCCCGCUGAGGCUCACCCUGUGCCAGAGGGAACUGGAGGCUGUGGUGGAGGCUCAAGUGGCGGGGGGUGAGGCCUGGGAGGUCAUGCCUCACCCUCACGAACAGCACCUCCCCCUGGGCCUGUUGGUGUUCAGCAGGAAGCAGCCCCGGUGCGCUGUAGGCUACAAGGCACUGCCGUGGGGAUGCUCACGUACGUGCCUCGGAACUCUCGCUCCUAAGAAUGCAAGUCUCGAGCUGUAAAAAUAAAGCAUGUUCAAGUGACUCUCA